AUGCCCUCCAUCAGAAACUCCACUGUUCUAGUCAUCGGCGGCUCCUCUGGCAUUGGCUAUGCUGUCGCUAAGAAAUGCCUGGAAGAAGGAGCUAAGGUGCAUAUCUCGUCAUCCAGUGCAUCCCGCCUUGAAGCCAGCGUCAAGUCGCUGGAGCAGGAGAUCCCCAAUGCCUCAAUCUCCUCGCACGUCUGUGACCUGUCCAGUGACAACGUUGAAAAGAACAUAGAGCAGCUCCUCAGCACGAUUGCACCCAUCGACCACAUUGUGUUCACGGCUGGCGACCCCCUUGCUAUUCAGCCUCUGGGAACCAUUGACCUCGCUGCCAUCCACCGAGCAGGGCACAUCCGGUUUGCUGUUCCCCUCCUCAUCGGGAAACAAGCCCCAAAAUUUAUGAGAAACGGCUAUAAAUCAUCCUUUACCCUCACUACCGGCUCUGCCUCCCAGAAACCAAUCCCAAACUGGUCGUUGAUAGGCGGAUACUUGACUGGGCUUCAUGGGCUCGUGCGGAACCUGGCCUUAGAUCUCAAGCCUCUAAGGGUGAAUCUUGUGAGUCCUGGUGUGGUGGAAACGCCAAUGUGGGGGCCUGGUGGAGUACCUGACGAGAUGAAGAAAGAUAGUCUUCUGGGCAAGGUGGGCACGCCAGAUGAAGUGGCGGAAGCAUAUGUAUAUUUGAUGAAAGACACAAAUGCGACAGGGAGUUGUGUUAGCAGUAAUUCAGGGUCGCUCUUGAUAUGA